AUGCCACCAUGGUGGGGAAAAUCUUCAUCCAAAGAAGUGAAAAAGACUGCCAAAGAAAACCUCAUCGACACAUUUCAGCGUCUCAUAAGUUCAAAUGAGCAAAAGGGAAGCAGAAAAUCACGAGGUAGUCGUAAACAUGGUAAAGACACAGCUGGUGACAAAGGUUGCUGGUCUACUGCCCAAUCCCGCUCAACAUCACCUUCAAAAGAGGUCUCACGGUGUCAGAGCUUUGCAGCAGAUAGACCACCUGCACAACCACUUCCUCUUCCUAAAUCACGUGCUAGGGUGACGCGUACUUCUUCUGAUAUUACCAACUCAAAGUCCACUUUGGAAAAGCAUGGCAAAGGACAACUGCUUCCACUCCCCCCAAUUCAGCCUAAAAAAAGACCUGAAGCUACUGAUCCUGUUACUGAAGUAGCUACUGCUUCUGUCUCCAGCAACUGUUCUAUUGAUAGUGAUGAUCCUGGUGAUUCUCGGCUUCAGAGCCCUGUGGGAAAUGAGGCUGAAAAUGCGACUAGAAUUACUGCAACAAGUAGUUCAAGUGUUUUGCACAAAGAGCGUUCUAGUGCUAUCACCAGAAAGAACACCAAGGAAGUUGCAAAGCCAAACAAUGCUUUUCUCAGUAACCAAAUCCUGUCAACAUCUCCGAGAGGUACCAUUGCUGAUGGUUAUCAAUCCAAUUUACAAAGCCCCCGACAGAUUGCCCUGGAGAGUGCUCCGAAUAGUUUGAUGUCAAGCCCUUCUCGAAGCCCAAGAAUUAUAUGUCCUGAUCAGAUUCCAACUUCAGCUUUUUGGGCAGUAAAGCCUCAUACUGAUAUAACUUUCCUUGGGUCUGGUCAGUGCUCCAGUCCAGGUUCUGGUCAGACAUCUGGGCAUAAUUCAGUGGGAGGUGAUAUGCUAGGCCCAAUCUUUUGGCAGCCUAGCCGAGGUAGUCCAGAGUGUUCACCAAUUCCAAGCCCAAGAAUGACAAGUCCUGGUCCAAGUUCUAGGGUGCAUAGUGGAAGUGUCUCUCCUUUGCAUCCAAGAGCUGGUGGGGUCACUCCUGAAUCUCCAACAAAUCGACAUGCUGAAGGGAACAAGAAGCAAACCCACAGAUUGCCACUUCCGCCAAUAAGCACUCCUAAUAUUUCUACCUUUUUGCCAAACAGCUCUACCCCAGCUAGUCCUAUAUCUCGUAGUCCUGGUAGAACAGAGAAUCCACCGAGUCCUGGUUCACGGUGGAAGAAGGGAAAACUGAUUGGCCGUGGGACAUUUGGCCAUGUAUAUGUUGGUUUUAACAGUGACAGAGGUGAAAUGUGUGCGAUGAAGGAGGUUACCCUUUUCGCAGAUGAUCCUAAAUCAAAAGAAAGUGCAAAACAGCUGUGCCAGGAAAUAUCACUUCUGAGCCGACUGCAGCACCCAAACAUUGUGCGAUACUAUGGAUCUGAAACUGUUGAUGAUAAGCUUUACAUAUACCUGGAGUAUGUUUCUGGUGGAUCUAUACAUAAGCUUCUCCAAGAGUACGGCCAGUUUGGUGAACAGGCCAUUCGCAGUUAUACUAAGCAAAUACUUUUGGGCCUAGCUUAUUUGCAUGCAAAGAAUACAGUACACAGGGACAUCAAAGGUGCAAACAUAUUGGUAGACCCUAAUGGCCGUGUAAAGCUUGCUGACUUCGGGAUGGCAAAACAUAUUGCUGCGAUGUUUAAGAUAGGAAACAGUAAGGAGCUUCCGCCAAUACCAGAUCACCUCUCAGAAGAGGGGAAAGACUUCAUAAGACAGUGCUUGCAACGCGAUCCAUCCAGCCGUCCAACAGCAGUGGAUCUUUUGCAGCAUCCAUUCGUACGAAAUGCACCACCACUUGAAAAAUCAUAUGCCUCUCAUCCACUGGAACAGUUGACGGCUAUAUCAUGCAGAACAAAUUCAAAGGUGGUUGAGCAUGCCAGAAAUAUGUCCUCGCUUGGUUUGGAAGGCCAAUCAAUUUUGCAGAGAAGAGCUGCCAAAUUUUCUUUGCCAAUUAGUGAUAUCCAUAUACGGAGUAAUAUAUCUUGUCCUGUAUCUCCAUGUGGAAGUCCUCUUCUAAGAUCAAGAUCUCCACAACAUCAAAAUGGUAGAAUGUCACCUUCUCCAAUUUCUAGCCCCAGAACAACUUCGGGUGCUUCAACUCCUCUGACUGGUGGUAGUGGAGCUGUUCCUUUAAACCAUUUGAGGCAACCAGCUUACAGAAAUGAGGGCUUCACAAUCACAUCAAGAGGUUUUGAUGACCACAUACCUAGCCGGCCUGUUGAUCCAGUACAUGGACGUUUUAUUCGAGUGCAGCAAUUUUCUGCGGGUCAUCAGGAGAGGGUAGUCUCUGAAGCUGACAUUCUGAGCUCUCAAUUUGGAAAGAUGAGGCAUGCAAUGCCUUCUGAGCAUUCCUCUCAGCAGUGCUUUGGGGAUCAUGUGAAGCUAAAACCUUCACUGGACUUGAGGUCUGAUGCUGACAGCUGGCAGUGGAUAAAGAUUCUCCAAUGUCAAUCCCAUAUUCCCAUUACUCUAAUAAAAGAUGAAACAUGCCCUGUCAGGAAGGGGAUGUUGUAUACUAGACUGUCCAGAUACCGAAGGACCCAAAACAGUGACUCUGAACCUGUAUACACUUACUCUCGUAUUUACAGCAAUUUAGUUUUCGUUUUCUUUUAUGGGUUUGGAGGCCAUUGUACAGAAGGGAACUCUCAACAAGAAAUCCAGAUUAAAAGGCACAGGAGAAAGCAAAUUGUUUCCCCGUCUUUUGAAAUCUCUUUUCGAACGGGUGUAUGCCGCUUGAGUCCUGACGAACUGGUGUACGGUGCCUGCUUCAAGAUCACCACCAGUUCGCCACACCUGGCUUCUGGGAUGGAUCAUGUGAUGUCUACCAUCCAGUGGUCCGGUGAAAAUGCAGCUGUGGUAAAGGCGCCUAUACCGCGUGCAUCAUGCAUUUAUCGCUUUGCACCCAUUGCCUUCGCAAACGCCUUGGCGGCUUGCGAGUUGCGAGGCAAAACGAUCAAGGAACAGCCCAUGUGCCAUGGCGUAGAGUACGCAGGCAGCAAUGCAUUAGCCAUUAGGUCCCAGGGUCCCCCAUCCAACAUGAGUCUUUUACACCUGUCGUCCAUCAUCUUCAUCCUCACUCCAAUCAUGGCGCUGCGAGAAGGCCACCACCCCACUAGGUCCACCAUUGCUGCAGAUUCAAAUGAAGCACUGGAGCUUGCAGAUUCAAAUGAAGCACUGGAGCUGUUUUGA